AUGAAGUCUCAAGAUAUACCACUGGUUGACCAUGAAAAAUCGGCAGGACGUAAUAAAUACAAGCAGAGCGGUAAUGUGGAUGAUGAAGUGUUGGUUAAUCUUUCGAAUUUGGUGCAUAGUUUAGAAAAUGAGGAUGAUUCUAAGGAUUUUGGUCCAUUGCUGGAAUUCUUCCAUAAGAAUUACAUCUCACAAGCCGUACAGAGUUGGUCUUAUUACGCUCAAGUUAAUAACCAUGCAAAACUAACAGAAUCGACAAUUCUAUUAACACGGACAUUAGUGGUUCUCAGAUCUAAUGCAAAUGCGCUUGAAUAUGGUGGUAUCUUGAUCAAACUAAUUUUAGACAACUACAUGAAGGUUCUGUACAGAAGUUUGAACAAUAUAAAAGCUUCAUUGACGAUACCGACAAUCCAUUUGAUGAAAGAAAUGAUUGAUUUCAAUUCAGGCCAAUAUAUUGAAGAAUUUACUUCCAGCUUCGACUUCUCCUUACGGAGUUUACCCAAGAUUCUUACGGUCAACAAAAACGAUAUUUCCAGUUUUAACCCCACGAAUAAAAAUCAUAGACUACAUAUUAGAUUUGAAUUUAUCAGGUUUUGGUUAUCAUUAAUUUCUCAUUGUACACCUCUACUGAGAAGGGAUCUCGUUAUACAAAAUUCAAAGAUUAUGGGAGCCUGGUUUAAACAGAUGGAUAAGGCAGAUACAGCUGAAUUAAUGGAAGAAACUGUAGAAGUUUUGUGCACUAAAUUUGUGCAGGAGAAAGCCUUUAAGAAGAUGACCAAGACUCAAAUUUUGAACGAAUUGGCGCUUUCCAAGAUUUAUUCUUAUUUCUACUCUUCAAACAAGUCAUUGGUAAAGAAAGUCAACGAAUUUUUCAUAGCUUAUGGUGCAGAUCCAGAAAGUAGUGUUGCAUUCCCUGAUAAUCUCCCAUGGUAUCAAGAAUCUCCUUUCAAUACUUCUCUAAAGGGUGUACCGGUAACGGUUAAUCAAAAGGACUUCAGAAUCCAUAACAAAUUGUUGUUUAAUGCAUUGAAAAAUUUCAAACCUUGGGAAAGCGAUAUGCAGGCUUCUACCGUUCUUAAAAUUUUAGAUCAUGUCCCAGAACUAGUUCCACCUUACUGUCAUUAUUUGGCAUCUCAUGGUACUCAUGAUCCUAAAAUGACUUCUUAUUGGUUCGGUUGUACGAUGUUGUUGGGUAGAAUCAUUAAUUUGAAGAUUCCUACAUCUAUGGCGAAUAUUCAGAGUGAAACUGCACCAUCGUUAGAUUUAGUGAUACAAGCGAUCUUACCCGCACCCUUGACCAAGAUCUCCUUAACAAAAGCAUUACAACAUGAGAAAAUGAUUAUUACGCAAUUGGCAUGUCAGCUACUGGUAUUUUCUUUCCAAAAGUUAUCCAAAGUCUUAAAAUUAUACGAAAGUAAAGGUUGGGGUUCUGCAUCAGCACCUCUAAGGAAUUCAUUUUAUCAAAGCAUACCAGACUUGACAAUUAUUACCAGUGUGAUGAACCAAUCUUAUCUAACAGCCAAAAACAACAAAGUCAUGCAAUUAUCACUCACUUUAUUGUUGAAAUAUUACAGUACGACUUUCCCUAACUUCUUCAGCAUUAACAUGCCAUCUUCAAAUAUUUACAUGGAUAUUAUGCGUAAAGAUGAAUUUUCUGGGAUCGAUUUGGCCAUAGUAGAUAAUUUCUUACAAUUUCAAGAACUAAAUGGUACCCAAACAAAAUGGUGGAAUGCCCCAGCUGGACAAAAUUCUCUUUUCACUUCAUUAUUAAAGAUGGCAUCUUCAAAAAAUUCUACUAAUGCCGUGGCCUCCAAAAUCUCUCAACUAUUGCAGCAUAUGUUUCAUGGUACCGUAGCAUUCAACGAAGUGCUGUGCUCUCCUCUCUGGAUUUUGAUCUACAGUUUGCAAGUCUUAUCCUUCGAGGAUCAUAAAAAUGACGAAGUCAAUAAAAUAUGGAAAUUAUUAGAUGAAACCAUAUCUCGGUGCAUGAAAAUGCCAUAUCGCUAUGUCGACUCGUCAAAGGACUACGAGAAGAUUUCACCAUUUUUAGUGGUUCUUUGUGACCAGUGGAAAUUUAUUGAUGGUCAAGGCUCUCUCGAAUCAGCCGCUAAAUGGAUCUGCAUUUUAUUGAGAACCUUUAUAAUAUGUGGCGAGUCUGCGGAAGGUAUUAGAAGACUAGCUGAGAGUUUUGUUGGAGUGCCUAAGGAGUAUUUGGAUAUUUAUCUUACUUUCGAAAAUUAUGAAACCAAGACUAAGAAGCUGUGUUCAGAUGAAUCGUUCAAAUUGGCAAACUUUCAAGGCGCUUCAUUCUUCCAACAUAUCACAAUCACACCGUAUAGUAAAUUGACCAAAGUUGUCCGUUAUCCUGUAAAUGAACUAGACGCUGUGGGGUUAAUUUGGAGACUUCAAAACUUGGUCCGCGACAGGGCUAUCACCUUCAAUGGAAUGUUCAAAGAAGUAACAGAUACUUUAUUAGCUAAGCUGGCAAAUUUUUCAAAUUCGAAUGUUUCAUUCCGUUUAAUAAGUCCCGAAGUAAUAAAGAAUUUAUUACCAGUAUCAGGCUAUUUGGAUAAUGAGAAUAUGAAGUCGUAUUUCGCUUCCCAAGCACUGUUUCAAUUAUAUCAUGAAUCGAAUCUGAAUAACCCUGCUUUCGAACAGUUUAUCUUUGCUUGGUUAAAAGACCAUAUGGAUAUUUUACAAAGUGAUGAACCGAAUGCCAUGAUGUUCGCUUCAGCUAUAUGCACUUGCCUUCAAACGAUACAUGCUCCAACUAUACUUGAAAAUUAUAAACAAAUCAAUCCGCAAUCUUUGGACAUUAUUUUACAAAAAGUGUGGGAGAUUCCAAACCAAAAAGUCUCUUUCAAAAUUUUCGAGUAUGCUAUGAAAGUGCCUUCCUCAAAUCUAGAUCAAUUGUUGGCCAAAUUUAUUGCUGAAGACAAAAUAAUUGAUUUCCAACCAGAGAAUUUCGUUGCACAGUCCCUUGAAAAAUUCCCUAUUGCAUUUGAAACAUUCGCGCGCUCUAAAUGGUUUGACUUUGAUCUACUUUUGUCUUACUUGCCCAGAAUUCAAGGAACUGAAGUGGCACUAGUCGCCGCUCUCAGCUUACCAGAAAGUAAUGAUUCUCGACUACAAGAAUUUUUACAAAAUGUAAUAAAUGAUUGUUGCGAAAAAUUGGAUCGCCAGGAAAUUUCCUCUGGUGCCCUCAAAUUAUUCUGCUCUCGUCCUGAGAUGUUGACAAAAAAUCAACAAUUAUCGGCGGUGAGACAUAUUACCACAAAUUAUCAUGAGAAAUACAGUUCAGAAGUAAUCAAAUUCGUUAGAUCAGUGAACAAUUACGAUGAUCCAAAUGUGAUUGCAUGGUUAAACAAAACAAUUUUAUAUGGUACCAAAUACUUUUCCAAUGCAACUGAACUUUCACCAGACUUUUCAUUAUACCUUUCAGAACUGGAAAAAUUGACAGCUUCAGUGAAUAUAUGGUCGAAAGUGAAUCACACCUAUUUACAGGCACAGCAUGAAGUUAUAUUAACAGGGUUUUGGGUCAAUAAUUCGAGAGUGUUACAAUAUAUGAUUCACCUUCUAAUGAACGGCAAAGGAAAAGAUGUACAAUGCACUAGAAUGCUGCAAGGAAUUUUAAACAACGAAAAAAAUGCGCUGAAGGUUGAAAACAAUGAUAACUUCUUGCGCUUCGUAACUGCAGCCACAAUCUUUACCUUAUUCAUGAUGGAUCCACAGCAGAACAGUACCAACAUUGUUCAGUCAAAACUUAUUGAAUUAUAUGGCGGAACUAUGUCUUGUGAAGACCGAAUGAUUCUAAAGAUAAUUGGAGAAAUUGAAACGAUUACUUCAUCGUCCUGGAUAAACGAAUCUUGUUCUCUGGAACUUUUGGAAGAGGAGAACGAAACUGCAGGUGAGUAUGGUAGCAGAAAGAUAGUUGCGCUUGAAAGGGAAGGAACUUUUAUUACGCUGGAUAAGAACACUAUUCUUAACACAGUUAAUAACUUCCCACUGAACAGACCUAUUAUACCUGGCCAAUUCAAUUGGGAAGCGCUUUUCUCCUUUUACAGCGACAAUACAGUGUAUUUGUCUAAUACAGUUGGUGCCAUUUAUGAUCCUGAGUUUUUGAUGCUAAUGUCUUUACAGAGCGGCGCUGGUCUUGUCACUUCCUCCACUGCUGAAGAUGGUUCCACAACGUAUAAAUUUGAGAUUCAAAGGUAUUUGAUGUCGGAUAUUUUCCAGAUCAUACUAUUAUCAUUAGCUGAGAGUGGUGAUCUCCAAAAAAUCUCUUUGAGAAUAAUAUAUGGAAUGUUGAGUUCUUUGGAAGAGGAUAGUCAAUUCAAGUAUGGGCACAUUAUCGCAGUCCUAUUAAAGAAAAUCGUAUUUUCUUUCGAAAAGGCAAAGUUGGAGGAUAAACCAUUUAGGAUUGCAUCUUGCAUUUGGUUUGCCAUAUCACGUCUUUCUGGACUACUCGUAAACCCAGGAUCUUUACUUCAUGAGACGGCCUUCCGUUGGGUUUUGAACUCACCAUUUAUCAUGCCUAAUGACUUCCCUCUUUUGCAGGAUCUUACAACACCUAAUGAAAAGUUCAGGGGCUAUGAAAAUUUUUACCGCCAGCUUGCGUGGGUACUAGAAUGCCUAGAUUUAGGUACUAAGACGGAUGAGGACGUUCACUUUAUGAAACAAAGAAGCAUUUUAGAAUGGUUGUCCAAUUUAAAAAAUCUUCCUUAUUUAAAUGCUAGGUUAUACACCAUGAUUGACAGCAUUUUUUAUAAGGUACAAAGAUUAGAAGACGGAGGUUCUACCUUAUUGACUAGAUUUGCAUCUGCCUCAACUUUGGAACUUCAAGACUUAUUCUUACAACAGCAAUUAAAGAGGAAUGCUAGUUCAAUUGCCAAGAAUAAGAAUGAUAAGAGACUAAUCAGAAACAAAUUGGUACUGGAAACUCAUCGGGUAAACACCAGUGAAAUUUUAUUGGGCCAUACGGAAAUUAUGAACUCACAAAAGAGGGUGAGGCUCUGGGCAGAGGACGAUCAAGAGAACAUCUCCAAGCGCAUUAAAAAUUAG